CUAACCUACCUACUCAAUUUACCAGCUGCUCCUCCGGGAACCCCUCUGACCAAUGACCACUUAUCUCGUCGUUUGAAUUGAUUUCAGUCUUUAACUCUUGCAGGGCCAGUUCGAGAAAUCCGGACGGAGUUGUUCUCGGAUCGUGGGGUAUGAGCGUUGUUGUGUCUGUUGAGUGACGGCGUGGAAGAGGGCGGGUUGGGGGUGAGGAGAGUGGGGGGCGCUCUGCUCAUGCUCUGCUCAGUGCAGGACGCAGGAGACAGUCGCUCUCCAAGGUGCUGAAAGUCGGAGCGCUCCCUCCUCAGUCUCAGCUGCUGACGAUGAAUGCGACCUCGGGCGAAAACUGAAAAUCACGUAAUGACCUGCUUCAUUGCCUAAUGGUUUAAUUUUUUAAAAUGCUCCUUAACUUCUAACCUAACGGGAUUUUUCAUUUUUCACGCAACCGCUGGAUGUAUUGGCUUUACACAUACGUGCUACAAGACUGAUUGCUGCUUUCUAAUAUUCACCUGCAACGUUGGGAAAUAUUGAAUUGACUCCGGAUUCUCAGGGAACGCUAUAGAGGAUUUUUCUAGCUAUUCGCUGUUUUUUUCUCUCUCUCUCUCCCUCUCUCCGUUUUUCUCUCUGCACCGCAUGCCUUUGGACGUGAACUGUGAUAUUGUCUCAAAAUAAAAGGUGAGUCCGUUGAGGAUAAUCAUGAAGCAGACCUACUUUUACGUGGAUAUCGUUUUCUUUGCACUGGAAAUGGGGGAACCAUAUCUCCAAAAGGCUGGUGUUUAAUUGCUUUUAAACCCAUCAUCACGACAGAAAAGAGGGGGGGUGGGAGGAUUAUAGUGUCUCGUGGAGCCUGGUGAAUUUACCCUGUGGAUAAAGUGAAGUUUCCAAAAGGCUAAGCGACUAUCUGUAAUCUGCUCCAGCCCUCUGUGUGCUGGGCUCUCCUCUCUGGCUUCACACUAAGUGGAUAUCAAGCUAUUUCAACGCGCCCAUUUUUUACUGAAGUGAUGAUGAUGAUGACGAUACUGAAGCGCAGGACCGAUCCGGAGAGGAUACCAGGAGCCUAGAGAUGACAUCCACACGAUCUUGUUGAAUGUGGAUAUCGAUGCCGCGGCGAAGGAUGGGCCUUCCCCUCACGCCCGCCUUCGUCCUCCUCCUGGCCCUGAGCGCCGUGUCUCCGGCCUCGGUGGGUAACCCCGAGGAUUACGCCGCGGACGAGGCGGAGCGGACCGCCGGUGAGAACAUCGUCUUCGAUGACUACCGAGGGAAAGGGUGCGUGGACGACAGUGGCUUCGUCUACAAACUCGGGGAGCGCUUCUACCCGGGACACUCGAACUGUCCAUGCGUGUGCACGGAGGACGGGCCGGUGUGCGACCAGCCCGAGUGCCCCAAACUGCAUCCCAAGUGCACCAAAGUGGAACACAAUGGAUGCUGCCCCGAGUGCAAAGAGGUUAAAAACUUUUGCGAGUACCGCGGGAAAACGUAUAAAAUCCUGGAGGAAUUCAAGCCGUCGCCCUGUGAAUGGUGCCGCUGUGAACCAAAUAAUGAGGUGCACUGUGUGGUGUCCGACUGCGCCGUCCCAGAGUGUGUCAACCCUGUGUAUGAGCCGGAGCAAUGCUGCCCCAUCUGUAAAAACGGUCCAAAUUGCUUUGCUGGAACAACGAUCAUCCCAGCCGGAAUUGAAGUAAAGGUGGACGACUGCACCAUCUGCCGCUGCCACAACGGAGACUGGUGGAAGCCGGCGCAGUGCUUGCGGCGGGAAUGCCUCAAUGGCCAGUCGUUGUCAUAGAGAGACUCCACCGGGGAUGGUGGAAAAGCUCAGGCAAGGCCCUGCCUACUGCACCAUUUUGUAUGAUUGACAGGGCAGGAGCACAAUACCUAAGUUACCUGAGACAGCAUAGUAUCGAGGAGAUGCUCUCACAAGCUUCACACAAAUACAAAUUUAGCCACUGAGAAGAAGACGGAACUUGUCUCAUGGCUGUUUCCACCCUCCAGUUUUAAUCGUCCUAUAUAUUUUCAGAAGUUGACUUGCUUGACUUGCUGCUCUCACACAAAAAGUUUCUAAGCUCCUGGAACUCUUUCAUAACCAGUGGCAAAUGUUGAAUUGCUCAUGUUGAUUUCUGUAUGUAUGUAUGUCAUCUGCUUGUCUGUCACAAUCACGCAGGUGUUGUAAAAUUCCAACAGCAGGAAAAACAAAACCGUAAGCACACUUAACAGCGCUUUUUUUGUCAUGAGGUUUGACACCAGUGAAAGCACUGCAAAGGUGUGUUUGAGUUUCACAAUUUCACUCUAAGAGCUUGUUUACAAAAUGCACAUCAUAUAAAUAUUUGUGUCUUCAUAAGUUUUUAUCGCUAUGGCAGGAAGUCACCUUUAACACUUAGAUUAUGCUACUCUCAAUUUUAUAAACUGCUAUAAAACCCCACAACAGUGAUUUUAUUGAUCAUCAUACCAUGAUUUUGAGUCAUGUCUCUCCACAUAGCAGCAGCACAGUCGGGGUAAGUUGGUACUGAAGGACUAGCUAAGGGACAGGAAAGAUGGUAGCCAACAACUAUGAGAAGCAUUUUUUAUAUACUUAGAGGGAUAGAUCUAAAAUUCUGCAACACUGAAUCAAAACAACAACUUUGGGCAGCCCCUCUGGGCUUAAUUGUCGUUAUUGUUUUCUCUCAGAGGUCCAUAUCCUCCAAAAUAUUCCCACUAACUAACGGCUUGAACUUGUUAUCAAAGCAAUUAGCAAGCCAAGAGCAGCCUGCUUUAAUUUCCCUUAAUCAAGGAGUAUUCUGUGAUAAAUCAUCCAGCUGGGUGCUUGGCACUGCCGCAGCCUGCAUGCUGGGCACACUCAACAAGAACCGGCAGACAAAAGGAGAGAAUCUGCAUAUGUCGGAAUGCUUUUAAGUAGCACUCACAGGCACACUGUCCACGUGAGCAUACAAGCACCCCAUUCAUCCACAGUCUCAUAGGCACAGUAUGUUUAUCUGCACCCAGUGAAGCACUUAAACCUACAAGUCUUGUUAAGAUACAAAGCCAUUACAUUCUCCCACUGCUAUAGAUUAUCUAAUCAAUGUUGGGUUCCUCCCUUCUCCAAUAUGUUAGAGUAGCUCAUCCAGUGUGGUUAUGGCCAAGGCUAUAAGUUAGGGACAAGUUAAUGUAUUGUUUUGAUAUUUUCCCAGACCACAGUGGUCUUCAAGUGGUCCAGUCUGAAAGAAAAAGCACCCAACCAGAGCCUAAAACAUGAUGUUUCUGAGAUGAUAAAUACUAGUCAUUAAUUCAAAGGUGAAUUCCAGUAAGCUCAUGCCAUUCAUCACUAGAUUUUUUUUUCCAUUUCCAGAAAAUCCGCUCCUGUUAACCUUUUAGACCCUAUUUCUGGGCAGUGAUGGAUGGGCUGCUUAAUAGCGGCUCUCAGCACUCUAAUGAGACAGAAAUGAACAUAGGAUAAAGACCGAUGACUUAAGAGCUGUAUUACCUUUAAAGGCACUAAAAACAAAUUCUUGGAAGAAUCUCACAGCCUGCAAAGUGUGCUGCAUGGCCUUAUAGUGCAGCACAUGGUGGAGGAAAUCACAGAAUUGAAAAAAGGUGGGUGGAGUCCAAUGUUAGGUGCAACAAUGGAGCUGCAGUCAUUUUCAUCAUUAAGCUACGGUGAUUUAGUGUCUUUCAGUGUGAAAAGACAGAGCCCAUCUAUCCGGCUUGAGGUCUGCAGACUCAUAAAACAAAACUGACAUCUACGGUUUAUCAAUCAGCCUCACUGCUGCAGACAUUUUAGGAUUAAUAAAGGAGCUUCAUUCAUCUUAAUUACUUUAAAUGCCACAUAAUUAUUCAACCUAAACAUGAAUCCCAAAAAUAUAUUGGAAUUGUAUUACUGGGUAGCAACAGAGAAAGACUGAAGUGAGUGCGCCAGUUGACAGGGCUCAGAGGCAUUGCUGCCACUGCCGAUGCCUUAUUGCUAUUGUUGCAGAUAAAAUUCACAAAGCAUGAUCUUUGGCUUCAUGCUGCAUGGACAGCCCAGACUGCUAUAAGUGCUACUUUGUUUACGCUCCUCUGUGCAAUGGUUUACUGUUAUGUAUUACUUAAAACAAGUCAUUAUUUUACCCUUUGACAUUCCAGUAACAGUCAGCAGGGUGAAUUAGUGGGAGUACAAGGACAGUUAAGUCACAGCUUAAAAUACAGAUUUGGAUUCACAGGUGGCUCUAAAAAAGACAGCAUUAAAGUGGAUAAUCAUGCAAUUUGAUCUGUGUGAUACUGCAACUUUCUGUACUGCAUAAUAGUUCUGAUACAGCUUCCACCCAAGCUUCUGUGGUACAUUGCAUUUGGUGGAGCCGUGGCUCAUCUCCUUCAUUUUGCAAGCUGCUCUCAACAAAUGGAUGUGAAGGUAGGAGUGCAGAAGGUGAGGUGGUAGGUGUUAACAGAAAGUCAAAACAUCCACUGUUCUUCUACACAUAGGAGCUGAGAUAAGACUCAGACUGCUAAUGGGUAGAAAAAAGGGAGAGAGAUAUUAAAUCAAAUAAGCAAAUCAUGUAUUCUGAGCAGGCAAUACAGGUAGAGAAAACUGUAGUUGUUGUUUUUUUCCAUGUAGCAGGACCAUACUGGUGAAAAUGCUGCUCUGCGCUGCAAGAAGGUGGAUUUUUUAAACAGCUGUAAUGAUGUUGCUUUCAUUGAGAACUAAGGGAGAUCAGUCUGGAUCCAUGUGGAUUAACAUACAGUAGAUGCCUACAUGUAUCAUUUGAGAGAAUAGGCUGCAUUUUAAAAACACAAGAGGUUUAUGUGGCACACAUGCACUAUCCGCAUCUCAGUGAGAGCCUCUGCCUGGGCGAGAGGGGGGAAAUUACAUUUCUCCUUGCAAAUACGUGAAGCUGCACAGUUUCAAGGACAAAUCAGCGACACAGUCUGUCUUUGUUGAAUCUUUAUGUCUGUCUGUGAAUGUCUAUUCAAAAUGACCCCAUUCGUCUUCUCAUUAUUCAAAUCACAGGCUUGUACAUGGGCAUUUUGUAAAGGUAAACCAUUUGCUCUUUCCACGAGACACCGACUUACUGUAGCUGGAAACUAUGAAAGAUUGUUUUUUUCUUCAUGUUUUUUUCAGCAACAAAACUGUUACAUAAAGUGUGCCUGAAAACUAUCUGGAAUAGGAAGAGAAACACUGUUAUUAUACAACCAACUGUAUUAGUUUUUUGGGCACCAAGGGUCUGUUCAUUCAGCACUCAAAUGUGUUAUAGUAUCAUUUCUAUGACAAAUUUGAAAUUUAUGUUUAAAAUCUAGAGGAUCUUUGAUUGUAUAUGAAUACAUACUCGCACAGGUUCACCCUAAACUGUACAAGGAACAAAGGGUCCAAAAUUCUAAAGUUAAACAACCCUUGGUGCUCCCCAUGUUGUUCAUAUGUAAAUAUCUUCAACCGUAUAAUGUGUAUUCUGAAAUCUGAGGUGGAGUAAAAAAAAAAAAAAAGGGAGGGGGGGAAAGAAAUAAGAAAUAAGAAAUGUGUAUUAUUCAUUGAGACAAAAACUAUUUUGUUAAAUAGACCUGAAAAGAAGUGUGA